AUGGCCUAUCCAUCGAUAGGAGUGGCGAGACGAUGCCUUUCCCCUCUUCGCUUUGAUAUAUUGAGAGGCGGCAGUCCCUGUGCUACUUAUGCCCUUCUUCCGCCAGACGCGAGCAGCAGUAUCUUCGGCAUGUUGGACACCGCUACCACAGCAUUUUCUCCAACGCUCGACAUCGACCCUGAUCUCAAGGAUCAAUGCCUGAGUCUCUUCAGUGCACUGGCACAACGAGCCCAGAGUUCAGGGACAACAGAUUUCGUCCUGCGCCGCAUCUACCGGACUCCAACAGAGGUCCGCUUCUUCUAUCACACGAAUGCGGCCAGCGAGCCGGACGCGGUCGGUGAAGACGAGGAAAUCUCCCCAACAGAGUUCGCCCAUUUCACUCGGCUGGUCAAGAACACCGGUCACUUCUCGAAGCUAUCUGAAGAUUUCAGGCGCAGCUGCACGACACUUAUCCCAACCGAUCGGCCCGUCAGACCCGCUCGACAAUUCACACUGCAGCUCGAAUCCGCUGAUAGGGCUGAAACUCUCUCGCUAUUUCCUCCGCCAUCAGUGGAAGAGUCAGUGGACGAAUACAGCGAUGAAGAGAACGCUGCCCUAAUGUGGACUGUCCGCGCUGUCUUUGAGGACCUCAUCCGCACUUCUCCCCUCGCGCUGACCCACGAGCUCAAGCCAAUCUCAAUCUCAUGCACCCCCCAAAGUCUGAUCUUCGGCUUCAAAGUGCAACCAAGGAGAAUCUUCCCCGGCGAGCCCGACAAUUGCGCACUCCGCUGCUCGUCUUUCGAGGGGACCGAGUGUUCGGACCUGCGUCGUGUGCGAUGGGUGAUGAAUCACAUGCCCUCCACAGUGAACACCGCAUCGGAAGCUGUCAUCGGAGAGUUCCAGGCCAAGCAGCUUCCAAAUAAUCCCACACAGGCCGCAGUAGUCCAUACAGCACGCGUAUUGCUUUUCAGGCUGCCGACAGCUAGAGAGGAAGUCCAAAAUGGCGACGAUGCCGGACGUGACUCUCACUCCGAGAGUCUUUUCCGAAGAAGACGCAGCGAUCAUCCUGAUACCGUUAUCCAGGGCUCAAAGACGAAAACCAAUCUCAAUGUCACUCUCAGUAGUGUCGAAUAUAAAAAAGGAACGCAGGAAGGGAGACUCCAGCUCAACCUCACGGCACGUCCUCAGAACAGGAGCUCCCCUUCGGAUCUUCGAGUCAUGAGCUCUACGCUGGAUCAGCUGGGACUUCUCAUUUGCAAGAUGGAUCUCGACGGUAGAUGGCUGAGUCAGGGUUACACCAGAGCGAUCAAAGGGUGUCCGCCGGAUGCGAUCACUUCAAAGACGAUCUCGAUGGCGGUGCCAACCAUCAGGACGCUGAGUGACAUGCCAAAUCUUAUCCGUUCAACGCAAUGGCUCGCUGAGAACCAGAUGCCGGGAAACAUUUCUGGUAUCAACCCUAUCGUUCUCGGAGACGAGGGCCCCACCUCGCUCUCUGAAGUCGGGAGCGCUGAUGAGAUGGAGGAGCCAGAUGUCCCGCCGAGCGACGGCGAGAUGGCGGAUGCACCGUUAGUUUUGCAAGAAGACUAUGGUGCCGACGAGAUGGAUGCGGAUGCAUUCGCUAGCCUGGUGGACGAAGAAUUUGGGUGGUGA